GAGAGAGAGAGAGAGGGUGAGUGAGAGAGAGAGAGAAAGAGAGAGAGCGCUUUGGAGCAUCGAAAGAAGAAAGAAGACUUACUGCUGCCAGAUUUCCACACUGCCCAGCCAAAAAAAGUGAAUACUUGUCCUUUAAAAAGUUUAUCAAAACGGCCAUGGACGGGGUAGCCUUCGGACGCACGUCGCUCCUGUGCAUCUGGCUGCUGUGGAUAUUGCAAGUAUGCAGUGGGUUUGUGACUGUGAAGGUAGCUCCUAAAGUGGAGGUGUUAAAAGGAGAUACUGCCGAACUGUCCUGCAGAUACACUGUCCCACCAUCAGCAAGCAACACUGUUGUUGAGUGGUACAUUGAAGAGCAGGGAACCAGGAAGCGUGUGGCUUUUCGUUCCCAGGGUGGCGAGGGUGAAACUGACGAUGGCACUCCGCUGACCGGCCGGAUCUCUAUCGGACAGGACUUCACCUUGACCAUCUCUUCCGUUCAACCAUCCGACGAGCUUGUCUUCUGGUGCCAGGUCACUGCUGGCGCUCAUGGGGUCGGAGAUGCCACCACUAUGCUUAAAGUCUUCUUUGCUCCUGAGAAGCCAGAACUCACAAGGCCAUCUAGUCAGGCCAUUUCUGUGGGGGAGAGUUCCAGCUCUGAGAUUGGUACUUGUGUGACUAUGAAUGGAUAUCCCCAGCCAAGAAUUAUCUGGUUCAAAGAUGACCAGCCCCUUCCUGAAAUCAAGGACAGGAAAGAGAAGACCUACAUGAUUCCCUCAGUGGUGAAGGAGGCUUCAGGUCUUUACACUAUCAAGAGCACCUUGUACAUGCAGCCCACCAAGGCUGACAAGGACUCUGUGUUUCUGUGCACCGUGGAGUACAGCAUGCCAGGAGAUCAGAUCAAACAGAAGAAGUCUGACACCAUCACCAUCAACCUCAACUAUCCCUCUGAGAAAGCAACUUUUACCCUGCUCAACACCAGUCCAGUCAAAGAAGGCGACGAUGUCACAAUGCAGUGUGAGACUGAUGGAAAUCCUCAGCCUGAGUUUGACUUCACUAAAGAUUCCGUUCACAUUCAGGAAAAAGCCAUCACUGGUCACGCUGGUCUUCUGACACUGAAAUCUGUUAAGCGCGCAGAUGCUGGUGUGUACAAGUGCACAGCCACAGAUUUUGAUAACCUGGAUGCUGAUCUGAGUGGAACCAUCAACCUUACUGUUCACUUCAUUGAGCCAAUGAGUGUCACCCCUUUCGAGCCACAAGUUGUCAUGCUUGGGAACAAGGUGGAGUGGCAAUGUAAGACCAAGGCUUCCGAAUCACAUACUGUUCACUGGAAAAAGGACUCCAAGGUGCUCUCUCAGGACGGCGUUCUGUCAAUACAACAUGUUUCCUAUGAUAAAGCUGGAGCGUACGUGUGUGUUGGAGAGGUGCCAUCUGUGAAAGGACUAAGAGCCCAGGCUAGUGUCAACCUCACUGUUAAAGGAAAGCCAGAGAUUGUCCCUCCUACUGCUGGGGAGGUGGGGAAGGAAGGAGACAUGGUGACUCUGAAGUGCUCAGCCUAUGGCUACCCUGCCCCUCAGUUCACCUGGACACCCUCAGGAAAAGAGUCUGUAUCAGUGGAAGGUAACAAAGUGGUGAGCACUGUGACCCUAAAAGCCACAGCUGAGGUCAUGAAGGACGGGGUGACCUGCGAGGUCUCCAAUGAGCAUGGAACAGAUAAAGAGACCUUCUCAGUAUCUCUCAAAGCAGCAGGUGACAACGCAGCUGGCAGAGUGCUGCUCUCUGGAAACCCUGUGCUUAAGUCAGCUGACAAGCAGCAGGGAGGCUCCAGUGCAGUGGUGAUAGCCGUGGUGGUGUGUGUUCUGCUGCUCCUGCUGUUGGUGGCCCUCAUCUAUUUCCUGAACAAGAAGAGCAAGCGGCCCUGCAGCAAGAAGGGCAAGAAGGAAGUGGCCAGUGGAGAGGUGAACAACGACAUUGUGGUGGAGAUGAAGACAGAUAAAGCUAACGAAGAGGACGGUCUCCUUAACAAGAGACCGUCCACAGAACAGUGAUGAACAGAGUCAAAGAAGGCAACUGACAGAGGGAAGAAGGGAAUGACGACAGUUAUGGUGACAACAAGACUAAUUUUUAAAACUACGCUAGAGGGGGACCAGGUGGAGCAUGGAAAUGUGGUUGUUUCGGGAAUCCUGGGAGGCACACCAUGUUUGGCAUUUGUUACGCUUGUUUUAAAACCUGGAGUUGACCUGUUGGGUGGAGCUUUUUCCCCUAUUUCUUAUAGACAGAUUGGCUCUUAAAGCUUCAGCUCCAUCCAUCUGUGACACCACAGGUUGGAGACCAUACAUGUGCAAAGUCAAACCGUGACAAUGUGACAUCACCAGAUGACAUUAUUAUGGCUUCUUUUGAUUGUAACUCUUCACUUACCAGUCACAUUUUGUGGUUGACUCCACUGCAGAAUACAGGUGAACAGUGACGAGUGUCAGAAUCAUUUUUACCUCCCCCAAAUAAAACACAAAAUGCCAUUAAGCCACUGCUUGUUUAUUUGUUUGUUUGUUUUCUGGAGUUUGUCUGCAUACAAGUGUAACAUAGAAUGUGUAUUUUCUUUUGAGAUGUUCUCUGCUCUCAUCUGGGUAUAUCAGGAAAAAUUGUCACAGACUGUCAGUCUGUUUUAUUCACCUUAAUAACAAGUAAUGAUUUACACUCACAGCAAUUAUUUCCUGAACACACUGUUUGGCACUUAUGGGUGCAACAUUUCUCCUCAGAAAAGUGCUGUGUUUGCUUUAGUGUUUAUUUGUUUAAUUGCAUUUUUGCCACCUGUUCUUUGGGACGUUGAUAUAUUUAUUUUCCAAUAUCCCUGAUUAGCUUUCAAUAGAAACGGCCCAGGCAUUUAAAAACGUCAAUCCUUUCUCUUAAAUUGCUUGCCUUUUUAAAUGCAGAUAAAAAGCCACCAAAUAAGCAGGCUAUUAUGUUGUAUAAAUUUGUUCUUGCCAUUUCCAGCAUAGAUGUAUUAUAUUAAUAAUCCAGUUGUUCACUUUGUUUUCUUUGCUUGUAUUAUUCAAAUACCGAUUAGGCUGUCUGUCAGGCAGGAGGUGAACUGCACAUUAUGUGGAGCUCAGUGUCUCUGGUUACUAAGCUGCUGACCAGAGCUGGUAGUUGCUACUGUAACAUUUCUUGCUAAUUCUUUCAUUCUUUUCUCUGUGAUGAAACCAGUCUUGCAAUCCCAGCCAGGAGUGGUUUCACUCAGAAAGCACAAUUAUCAUCAGCUUUCACUGUAAAAAUUGGUGGAAUUUGGUAAAAUAGUUGACAAUCUGAAACUGUGGCCUGCUGUAUUGUUGUUUUUCCAUAACAACACAAUGGGACUUUCAGGGGCCAUGAAGCAGUAGUCACAGAUCCAUCUGUUAAUAAGAAUUUCAUUGUGCAGGGAAACGUGUUUUCUUACUGUACAUAUGACAAUAAAUGCUUUGAAUCUUUGAGCCUGUUAGGAGAAAUCCCUGGCUCAGCUUCACACUAGCUCAACAAGAGCAGGUUAGGAAAGGUGUGGGAAAGAUUGGCUUUAUUGCAGGAGUGUGUGGUGUACCUUUUACAAAGAGUUUUUGAGUGUCAAGGGAGGAGUGUUUCUCUGUUUAGGUAUGCAAUACUGGCAUUUCUGUUGCUCCCCUACACUGUUGGCAGGUCAGAGAGGUUUGGUAGCAGGUUGACACGCCCUUUUACCUUGUUGUACACUGGAACUAAUGGCCUUUUUUCUUUUUCUUUAUUUUUCUUUUUAUAGAAAGGUCACUUCAAACCACUGUCUGCACCCAUAAGACUGAUUUUUAUUUUUUAUGUCUGUCUGCUGAGCUUGCCAUGUUGACUGUUAGUAAACCUGUGAUGGCAGGCCAAGUUAAAUAAGUGAACUUAGGUCUUCUUUUUUAUUUUAAUGUUUUAUAUUUAAAAAUACUGUGGUGUAAAAGUUUUUUUCUUUCUUUUCUUUCUUAUUUUUUUUUAGAAAGGGGAUUCUUCAUUUUGGAACUACUGAGUUUCCAUUUUCCCAUGUGUGUCCACUUGCUGAGAGAAGAGAGAAAUGUAUAAUUUAGUAUUCUUUUUUAUGAAAUAUGCUUUAUGUCUCUCGCUCUGUACUGUAUACUGUAUAUUUUGUGAUAUGUUGUUGUGACCUCUGUGGCGUGUUGAUGUUGAACUUUUUAUUUUGUUCCAGCUGUGUAGAAUUUAUAAUGGAAAAAAAACUCAAAUAAACCAAUCA